GUUCCCGCGGCCGGUGGGUGGGAGGUCCCAGCUCCCUGGGGCCGGGCCUCGCCAGCACCCUCCCUCCCCCACACCCGCGUCCCUGGCCCCCAUUUGCUUACACCCAGGCCUUCCUCCACCACUCCUGCUUUUGCCCCUCUCCUGCCUCCCCUCCCCUCCCUCCCCCCGCUCCCCUAACUUUGCCAGGCUCCUUUUCCCUUCCAUCCAUCUCAAAGGAAGGAAGGGACGGGCUGAGUUCUCCCACGAGGGACACACCCAGAUUAUCCUGCAACUUGGGGAGAGGUCGUCCCAGGAGCCUUGAGUCCCUCCUGGCCUGCCGGGUGUGUGGGUUGAUCUUGGGGGCUGGUGGUUGAGAGAUAACAGGCUGGCCGGCUCCCUUGUGUCAGGGAGGAACCUGUGUUGGCGCCCUCGCCUCUGCCUGGGCCCUGCCGGGGAUGGGCGGCCAGCAAGCCGGCGGGUGGGGGAGCAAGUGGGGAGGAGAUCCGAGCGUGACCGGGCAGCGCGCACACGUGCGUGAGUGGCCCCGCGGGUGAGCCCGUGCGUGUGCCUGGGCGGCGGCCGAGCUACAUGAGGGCCAGGAGCCACGCGUGUCAGCCCACGGAGGUGUUGGGUGGUGUGUCAGGCAGGUGACGUGUGUGCCAGCCCUCGGCGUGGCGCCUUGGCCAUUGGGGGGUGGAGAGGUGGGUGCGGGGCAGUGUGGGCUGCAGGCUUGGGGCCUGACCACGGUGGGCCUAAAGAAGGUGGGCCUCCUGGAAGUGUGGGAGAGUAGCUGUGAGGGUGUGCGGGGCGGGAGAUGUCAAAGGUGUGCCUCUUCACUCGCACCUGCACAGGUGCUUCUCUGGAAGCAGGGAGCCUGGGGCACCUGCUGCCCUGGGCCCUGCUCUGUUCCAAGAAUGCCUUGUCCCUGAGGGACUGUGUCAGUACCAGGCUCUCCGGGGUCUGGCCAGAGGUGUUUGUGUCCCUGGGAGCCUUCCCCCGACAUUCCUUCAGGCCCUGAGGGGGAGGGGGCCUAGCUUAUCAGGACCCCUCCCUGAGGGAGGGGAAGAUUCCUGCGACCUCCCCCACUCCUCCACCCCCUCACAUGCCACUGGCUUCCCUGCCCCUCCCAGGAAGGAAAGAGUGCUUGUACCCAUUCUGAAAUAGGACAAACUGAGAAGUUAUGGCCGGCUUAGGAGAGGAUGCUGGGUGUGGAUCUUCAGCAGCGCUUUGGGCCAGGGCUGGGGUCGGAGGAGGUUUCUGGCUCAGAACAUAGGACCUUAGCUCAUCGGGCUGGUCCCGGGUGGGUGGGUGGUGAGUCUGGGGCUUUACUUGGCUUUCCCAAUCCUGGUGGGUCCUGCUCCCCCGGGCACUGACCUGUGGCCUGGACCCACCCUCCACCCCAUGCGCAGUACAGCGGGGGCGGGCGGAGGGCGGGGCUGCUGCCAGAUCUAGUCAGACAGGUGGAGCCGCCGGGGCAGGAGUCUCAAAGAGCCAGGCUCCAGGAGAGGAAGGGCUCUGCCAGAGGAGAGAGGAGAGCGCCGGAGAGGAGAGGCUGGAGGUGAGAGCCCCGGGAAGGCAGAGGAGAAAAGUCGGGAGAUGAGUGUCCCAGCAGGGGCAAGAAGGAAUCCCAGGAUAAGGUUCUGGAAGGGACACAAAGGCCCAGGGAGAGUCCUUAGCCAGGAUGGAGGCUGUCGUGAACUUGUACCAGGAGAUGAUGAAGCAUGCAGAUCCCCGGAUCCAGGGCUACCCUCUGAUGGGGUCCCCGCUGCUAAUGACCUCCAUCCUGCUGACCUACGUGUACUUCGUUCUCUCACUUGGGCCUCGCAUCAUGGCUAAUCGGAAGCCCUUCCAGCUCCGUGGCUUCAUGAUUGUCUACAAUUUCUCACUGGUGGCACUCUCCCUCUACAUUGUCUAUGAGUUCCUGAUGUCAGGCUGGCUGAGCACCUAUACCUGGCGCUGUGACCCUGUGGACUAUUCCAACAGCCCUGAGGCACUUAGGAUGGUUCGGGUGGCCUGGCUCUUCCUCUUCUCCAAGUUCAUUGAGCUGAUGGACACAGUGAUCUUUAUUCUCCGAAAGAAAGAUGGGCAGGUGACCUUCCUACAUGUCUUUCAUCACUCUGUGCUUCCCUGGAGCUGGUGGUGGGGGAUAAAGAUUGCCCCGGGAGGAAUGGGCUCUUUCCAUGCCAUGAUAAACUCUUCUGUGCAUGUCAUAAUGUACCUGUACUACGGAUUGUCUGCCCUUGGCCCUGUGGCUCAACCCUACCUUUGGUGGAAAAAGCAUAUGACAGCCAUCCAGCUGAUCCAGUUUGUCCUGGUCUCACUGCACAUCUCCCAGUACUACUUUAUGUCCAGCUGUAACUACCAGUACCCAGUCAUAAUUCACCUUAUCUGGAUGUAUGGCACCAUCUUCUUCGUGCUGUUCUCCAACUUCUGGUAUCACUCUUACACCAAGGGCAAGCGGCUGCCCCGUGCACUUCAGCAAAAUGGAGCUCCAGAUAUUGCCAAGGUCAAGGCCAACUGAGAAGCAUGGCCUAGAUAGGCACACACCUAAGUGCCUCAGGACUACACCUUGGGCAGUGUCCAUCAGUGCCCUCUCCACCUACACCUGUGACCAAGGCUUAUGUGGUCAGGACUGAGCAGGGGACUGGCCCUCCCCUCCCCAUAGCUGGUCUACAGGGACCACGCUUCCGUUCCUCACCUACUUCCCCUGGCCAGCUCCAGGGACGUGGCCUCAUUGCUGUCUGCCACUCCAGAGCUGGGGGCUAAAAGGGCUGGACAGUUACUUCCCCCUCCCUGCCUUAAACUUGGGAGAGGAGCACUCAGGGCUGGCCCCACGAGGGUCUCGUGGCCUUUUUCCUCAACAUUGAAGAGGUCAGCAAUAACCUGUCACUGUGGACCCAGUCUCCUUCCUCCACCCCACACACUGAAGCAGCAGCUUCUGGGCCAAAGGUCAGGGUGGGCGGGGGCCUGGGAAUACAGCCUGUAGAGGCUGCUUACUCACUUGU